UGCAGCAGAAGGAGGAUUCAAAUGCUGCUGCGCCGCCUUAAAUGUAUGUAGACCCCCGCCCUCAGGCGGGCCCUAUUGGCCAGCCAGAGGCUUGGCGUGGCAGCAGGGAUAGGAUGUAGCAGGGGGCCGAUGCACCCCCCCCCCACUUGCCGCAAGGAGCGGGUCCCGCUCACAAAGUCUCCCCUCCCAGAAGAGGAGAGAUCUUGCAGAUAAAAAGAGUAGAAUCAUAAAGCUGGAGGAAGCCUUGUAGCCCAUCUAAUCCUGAUCCUUGCUUGUUGCAGGGCAGUCCAGCUUUUCAUACCAAGGGGGCUGUAACCUUGAACCCAUGGGCUGCACACAUGGGGAGUAUGGGGCUAAAAUUUGACACACACCCCUAAAGGAGCAGGGACCAAGCAAUGGGAGCUCACUCCGCCGCGGGGAUUCGAACCUCCGACCGGCAAGCCCUAGGCUCUGUGGUUUAACUCACAGCGCCACCCGCCACCUCCUACCCUAGCCCUGCCCAAAGCCUGAUAAGUGAGGUGCUGAGCUUUGGGGAGGAGGUGUGAGGCUCUGACAGGGUCUUAGAGCCCUCACACCUCCUUCCCCAAAGCCAGCAGUGUCAACUAGGCUCUCCUGCUUUGUGGAGCCCAUUUGGCUCCCUGGUACACUUCAGAGCUUAGAGUGAGGAAACAGGCUUGGAUAUGGCUUGGAUGUGAGUGGAGGAAAAUGCAAUCAAAUGCUGGUGAGAGCUCAUCAUCAAAUCUACCUAGUGGCAAUGAGACCAUUGCAUCCUCAUUGUGCUGUUUGGCAGAGCUUUUCUGGGUAGUAUGGGGCCUAUUACAGUCUGGCCUGAAGGAGGCAGUAGAACUGAUGUCAGCUCGCUGUGACCUGUUUCCAAAGCAUUUUGAGGGGAAAAUCACUUGCAUCCACUGGGAUCUUGACUCCACUGUUAAAGCAGAUGAAUAUCAGAUGGUAUUUAGAGUCCAGUCCUGUUGUGUUGGAUGAGUUUCAGUUAGUAAGGCUUGAAGAUGUGGGCAAGGUGCAUGCUUCGGUCAGGGCAACCAGUUGUGCUCUGGACCAUUACCUCUCUUGGCUUAAAAAAAAAACUAGCAGGGAGGGGAAGACUGGCUAGGCCAGGGAGGUGAUUAAUAUCUCCCCAAAAGAUGGGGUGGUCCCUGCCUGUUUGAAGGAGGCAGUGGUGAAACCACUCCUUAAGAAAUCCUCCCUGGACUUGGAAAAUCUAAAAUUACCAACCAGUUGCUAAUCUCCCCUUCUUGAGCAAGGUUAUUGCAUGGGUGGUCGUGGACCAGAUCUAGGCACUUUUGGUAGAAAUUGAUCCAUUUCAAUCUGAGUUUAGGCCUGGUUUUGGCACAGAAACUGCUUUGGUCACCCUGUAUGAUGACCUCUGUUGGAGUAGAGACAGGGAAACGUGUCCCUCUUAAUUCUCCUCAACCUCUCAGUGGCUUUUGAUACCAUUGAUAUACGUCUGGAGUGGCUGUCCAAGUUAGGGAUGAGAAGGACCACUUUGUGUGGUUCUGGUCCUGCUUAGAUGGUCAUUACCAGAGGGUGAUGCCUGGGGAGUGCACUUCAGACCUGUGGAACUUUCAAUGUGGAGUUCCUUAGGGUUCAAUUUUAUGUUUAACAUCUACAUGAAACCAUUGAGUGGAGUUUUGGAGUGCAUUGUCAGCAAUGUGCUGAUGACAUACAGCUCUAUUUCUCCUUUACAUCUGCAGGUGUGGCAGUGGAUGUGCUGAACCGUUGCUUUGCCUGGAUAAUGGACUGGAUGAGAGCCAACAAAACUGAAGCUCAAUCCAGUUAAGACUGAAACACUGCUAGUGGGUAGUUCCCUAGACUGGAUGGCUGGGAGGGGGUUACACUCCCUCUGAAGCGGCAGGUACGUUGCUUGGGGGUACUUCUGGAUCUUUUGCUGUUGCUUGAGGCUCAAGUAGCUUCAGUGGAAUGGAGUGUCAGCUUCAGUUGGUGGCCCAGCUGUGCCCCUUUCUGGACAGGAGUAGCCUAACUACUCUGGUAAUCUCUAGGUUAGAAUAUUGCAACACAUUAUAUGUAGCUCGGCCUCUGGAUAUGAUUUGGAAACUACAGCUGAUGGGCCAGUUGUUGGUUCCAUAAACUAGUCCUCAGUGUCCCUAACCUGUAAAAAGCAUUAUUGAGAAAAGCUGCUUGCACAACCUGCAAAGGCAGAAAAUAACACAAUAAAAUUCAAAACAGUAACAAAUAAUUGCAUAUUUAUUCAAAAUCCAAUUAAAACUAUUAAUUUUAAUUCAACAAAAUAGAUGAACCUGAUCCAGUGAUACCAGCUUUUUGAAGUCUGAUAAUCAUUUACACCUCCAGUGUCACCCUGCCAUUCCCUUGCAUCUUAGUGCCACCCUAGGUAAACAAACUGCUCCCCAGAGGGCUGCAGCCCCCACUUUCAUAACCCACUGCUCUAAAUGGUGGUCUAGAAAUAUUUUUAAAUUGUAAAAGGGCAAACAGUCGAGAGCGCCUUUUCUGUUGUGGCACCCUUGCGUAGGAACCAUAUUCUAUUUGAGUUACAGCAACCCCCACAUUGAUAGUAUUUCAGUGCCUGCUGACAACUCCUUUGUUUUCUCAAGCUUUUGCUAUCAAUUAGCACCAGUUCAUUCUUAAUCUGUUUGCUUUGGAUUUACUACUUUAUGGUGGUUGUUAUAAACAUGUUGAUUUUAUUGUAAUUUUACAUUGUGCUGUCCAGUUGUAUGCUUUGUAAUUUUAAAAUGAAGUGUUAUAAAAUAUUUUAAAUAAAUAAAUAAAAACUAGAAGUCAGCAAUGCUUAAAAUGUCCUUUGCCUAAUGCUGAAAUGACAGCAAAGUAGGAGCCAGGUAAGCCUCCCUUGGGACAGUGAACGAAUCCUGAAAAGGACUCUUUCAUUUGCUACCUACUUUACUUCAGAUGGAGGACACAUCCAGAAAAGGCUCUUGGAUGUACAUUUUGGCACAAGGGGGUAUUGAUAUGAGAGAAGAUGGUCUAGUCCUGCACCAUGUACCGGUAGGUCUUGUGUCAGUACUGUAUUUUUAAUUGAGCCUGGAGCCUGGAGGUGAACAGGAAGCCAAUGAAGUGGGUGGGAUAAGAACCCACCUCCUGGGUCUUGUUGACAGUGUAGCAGCUGCAUUCUGAGUUAAUUGAAGUUUCUAUUUUGUCCUCAAGGCAGCCCUACAGAGAAUGCAUUGCAGUAAUCCAGCCAGGAUAUACUGUAAUUUUGGCUAUUGAGGAAUGUGACAGGCUGCCCAUUGAAAAGGGCAGAUCAGUUUGUUCAUAUUUCCCCUUCAACUGACUGCCAUUUAGUUUCCAUGCCCAGUUCAAAGUGCUGGUUUUGGGUGCUGAUUUUCUCAGGGAAUGUCUCCUUCCAUAUGAGUUUCUGACUCUUAAGAUGUCUAAGGAGGUCCACCUCUACUUUCCACUAUAUGAAGAAGUUAGGCGAGCCUCUGCAGUUAACAGGACUUUUUCUGUGGUAGCCCUGACAUUCUGAAACUCUGUUGCAGGAGCAGUUUGUUUCAACCUCCUCCCUGCUUUCCUUGCCACUCUUAAACAGGUGGGAAUCUUAGCUGAUCUAUUGCAAAUCACCCAGAAAACUACCAGUAGAUCCCAGUUGACAUUAUUUCCACUCAUAUGGUGGAAGUGAUUGUUUCUAGGAAAAACACAGGAGUCCAUCACACUCUUAUCUGGCAAAGGUGUGUUGUCUUCUGAACUGCGGUCCUGGCAAUAAGCAGCCUUGGGUUGAGGAUUUUAAAAAACAAAACCUAGAGAACUCAGUGGAAGGUUUUAUCAUCCGUGUUUCUGUGUGUUUACACUGGUAAGAUGACAGGAAUUUUGCUUUUUCUGAAAACUGUAGGGCACCCCAUCCCUUAAAUAUUGUCUGAAACAACACUGCUUUUGUGAUCAGCACCAGGUUUCCCUUUGGACUGUGAGCUUCGUGUUAGGCUGCCACCUGCAAAAUGGAACCAGCUGUCUCUGGAAGCCUGAGGCAAGGGGUGGGACUUGCCUACAACCUAUGGAGAACCCAGUGAAUCAGUAGAUUUUGGUGUCUGUGGUCAAAAGGUGUACUUUUUCUUUUUUCUGUUUGAAAAAAACUAAUCACUUGGGCAAAUAGCAGUGAUACAAUAAAAAUAUUCAAUUGGAAUAGAAUAGAAAACUCUUACUAGUGAUUACAAUAUUAGCAAGAUUCUGACUGCUUUAUUCAUCACAACUUAGCUUUGUCUAUUCCUCAUGACCACCUUUUCACCUUCUGAUGGUGAAAUGAAUUUGUAGAACACUUUCAGGAGAAACUGCCAUGUACUGUAUGGAAUUCUUGCCUAGUCCUGCCCCAGCAGAAGCUCUCCCAAUCUUGCAUUUCCUGUUUUUGCAGAGUAGCCUGGCUAAUCUGUUGUAACCAAAAUAGAAGGGUUGUAGCCGUUCUCAAACCCAUUUUGGUGCUUGGUGUGUAGAGGCUAGUCUGUUGAGGUAUAGAAUCAUAGAAGUAUAUGCCCCAGCCCUCUUUGUACUUUUCCUCUCCUUGGUAUCCUGUGAAAUUGCCUUGUGCUUCUGUUUGCACAGAUGUGAGCCCCUCCCCCUCCCCCUCCCUUUUGAGGAAGUUGGCAGGCUGCCUCCUUUCAAUGACCCACCUAGAGCUGCUGUCCAGAGUAGAUUUGUAUAUGCUAAUGGCCUUGACUUGUCCUAGCUUGUUUGUGGUGAUUUGUGACUGCAUUUAUAUGCAAAUACUAACAACUUGCUGCUGAGUUAAUUGGUGCUUUUCUUUUUGCUUCCUACAGCUUCGGGAAAGGGUUGGUUUCUUCUUAUUCCAACCCUCUCUGGCUCUAUAAAGAUAUGUAUCUACCAUAGUGAGGCUGAGGGUAGAUAGGGAUAACCUCUGACCACAUGAGAGGUGGUUUGCAGGAAGCUCCUCCUGUCACCCUCUUACAACUAUUGGAGGGUGUGUGUUUAACACACUGAGCUUUCAAGCAUGGCUGGAGUUUAUGGAGGGUUUAGUUUUAGUAGUUUGAGAGAAAGAGAGAGAGAGAGAGAGAGAGAGAGGAAGGAAGGAAGGAAGAAAGAGUAUCUAUCUUAUCUAUCUAUCUAUCUAUCAUCUAUCAUCUAUCUAUCUGUAUCUGUAGUGUGUUGCUUUGGAUUAGGAGAGACAACUAAAUGUUUGCAGGUACUUGAUGCCAUGGAAAGCAUUGGCCUUUAUGUGCUUCCUCAUAAAAAUGGUACAUAUUAUUUAGGUGGUUGAGUAGUUUCCCCCCCCAUCUUUGCUUUGGGUUUUUUUAUAUUUGUGUAUAUUCUCCCCCCCUUAUAUACAGUUCUUUGCCCAAAAUCAGAUUCACAAAUAAAAGUGUAAAAUAUGUUAAAAUCACAAAAACCUCAUUACUUCAGAACAAACCCAAGACAAUACAUUCUACUAAAUGGGUUCAUCUAAAAGAUUCAAAAACCCAACAUCAUUAGGAGGUACCAAAAUCUUCAGUAAAGAGCAAAGCUGAACUCACCUCCAGAGCAGGGAAUUCUACAAGAAGAGUGCCAAGGUUGAGCAGGCAUUUACUCAGGUCACCACUCCCUGCCACCUACGGUAGUUGGUCCUUGAGAAAUGGUUGGGGAGGAGGCAGCUGUGUAAUUGUACUUUCCCUAUCACCCCCAGUUAUUAGAUUGCUCCCCCUCAGAUUUUCUUUGGACAGGAGCAGGUGCGAUUCUGAAGCCAAUCAUGCUGUUUGUUGCUUGGACAUGCUUCAGGAUUCUUUCAGCAUUAGUCUACUUUUGAAAAAUCAUUGGAAGGGCCUGGAGCAUGUGCCUUGUGUGCAGAAGGUUUUAUAUUCCAACUCUGGCAUCUCCACUUAGCAGCUCUCCACUGUGAUACCCUUUUGCUACUAACAGUAGAUUGGGGUGGUAAAGUGUAAAGACCAGCUAGUGUGCACCUUGAGCAUACCUAUCACUCUGAAAAUGCAAACCUCAAUGGUAGAGGAUGUACUUUUUGUUGUUUUUCCCACAGGAUGUUUGCAGAAUGUCCAGUACAGUGGUACCUCGGGUUAAGAACUUAAUUUGUUCUGGAGGUCCAUUCUUAACCUGAAACUGUUCUUAACCUGAGGUACCACUUUAGCUAAUGGGGCCUCCCGCUGCUGCCGCACCACAAUUUCUGUUCUCAUCCUGAAGAAGCAAAGUUCUUUACCCGAGGUACUAUUUCUGGGAUAGCGGAGUCUGUAACCUGACGCGUCUGUAACCCGAGGUACCACUGUAAUACCUUUCUUCCAAGUGGCAGAAUAGGUUAUGCUUCUGAGAGAGGUGCAUCUUUGAGCUGCUUCCAAAUGAAGAUGACUUCUGGAAAAAGUAAUUUUUAAAGGAAAUGAUAUUAAGAUUGCAUGUUUGUGAGUAUUUCAUUCAGUUUUCUUGUGGCUGAUGUCUAGAAGGAAUGGGAUGUUACUUGGGUCAGGAUCCAGUUAGGAAGGGAAAACUCUUCCUCCUUUUUUGUUUCCUUUCUCUGCAUGGAGGUUGGGAGUCCAUUUGCUCUUGCUUGUAUCGAAGGCCACAACUUGUAUAUUUCUGGAGUCCUCUCCAGGCAUUCUUUGGCUGGGGAAAGCAAUGGGGACCCAAUUUUCUUGAUAGUCCAAAGUUUUCUGGCUCUUGCAGUUUGUACCUAGAGAGUGUUGAGUCUUCCUUCUAUUCUGCCCUGCAGUAAAGUAUUUUUUACAGUUACUGAGUCAGUGAGAUUUUUUUAAGCCUUUGUUUUUGCUCUUGAAAAGUAGGGCUGGGCUGUGGCUUCACUGUUGCAGGCAGGGAGCAGCAGAGACUGAGCUGGCAGCACUCUCCAAUCUGUGCUGACAUGAUUCCCCCCCACCUUUGAGAGGGAGGGAGCUACACUGCACACUUUGCCUGUUUGGAGAACAGUGUCCAGCCUGCUGUGUCUGACAUCUCUAAAGUGGUUCCUAUAUCUCAGGCCCUCCUUGCAUAUGUGGUUAGAGGUACAGGGAGGCAGCUGGAGGACUGGGGAAGCAACAUUUAUUUAUUUGCUGCUCCAUGUCAAGAGUUUGUGGCUAGAGGGUUGCUAGUACCCUGCUCUUGACAAGGAAAGAGUGGCACCUAUUCCUUCUUGUGGGUGCCUCUGUAUCGCUGAGCCCUGCAGCUGGCAGGCACUAUGAAGGAAUUUCUCUUCCCUCUCUCUGCUUGUGGUAGGGGCAGACCCUUGAAGGGCUUGGUUUUCCUUCAACAUUGUAUUUUUCAGGCUCCCACCCUCAAAAGACAAAAGAGAUCUGGAAGUACAGACCUGUCCUGCUGCAUUCCUGAGCAACUUGGUUUUGAUUAACUCAAGGUGGGGGGUGAUGUGGGUUUACCUUACUGACAAUAGGGAUCUAAGUGCCUGAGGAAGAUGCUUUCCACCCCCAUCAGAAGCCCAGAGUUUGGCUUUUCAACCUUUCCUUCGUUCCAUUUUGGCAACCUAGGCAUAUUAUAUGUUCUUGCUGGGCUUUGUGCAGGUUAGACGCCCCCCUUUCUUUUCUCUGUGAAGAAGCACAUUCUUGUGUUAAUCCUGCUAUAGGAAGAAUGUCAGUGGCUCUAAUGUUGGGCCUCUGCUGUGGAGGGUUGAGUGGGUAAUGGUCCCUUCAUGGAAGGGUGGAUGCGAACUCCUCUGAUGUGGUCUCUUUUUCUGUCUAGGUGCUCUUAAGUUAAACUUUGACCGGCUGUGGAGAGCUUUGACAAAAAUGUAUUAAAACCAGUGGGAGGGGUGUAUGUGGCUGAUUUCAGCAUUGUAGCAUGGUUUGCCGGGACACAGGGCGGAGUUUGAACAGAGCCCACUGUUCCAGCCCAGCCCUUGCCGCCAGAGUGACCCCCCCACUGCAGCCAAGCUGCAGGGGUGUAGUGGGGGGAGGCUGCCAGAGCAAUGGUCCCAGGUCCACUAUUCUGGGGGGCUCUGCACAUUUGGCUUCUCACGCUGCCCUGCCAGCCCUGCGCCACUUUGUGAGGCUGGAAUCUGAUCUGAAUGAUUUGCCGGGCUGAUCACUGUGUGCGAGCCAAAAGUCUACAUUUGUGCCAGCUUCUGCCUAACAUGUUAUGGGUGUUGAUUGUAUGGCCUUAUCUACAGCAGACCUGGAACGGAUCUCCCUGUGAAAUGCAAGAGGAGAUCUGGAUUCUGAGGAAAUGCUGGGCAUUUGUUUGGCUCUAACUGUCUUUUCAGCUGCCACCUUUUGCUUUUUGUCUCAUUUCCUAGAUGGCUGGAAUUCCAGUUUCCUGGAAUCAGCUCUUACCUGCUGAAAUUCGUCAGACACCUGCCCUUUUGCUUUUAAGUACUAUGCUAGGGAUAUUGUCAAGUUUGCUGUAGUUGCCUUUUCAGCCUACUUUUUGACAGGCCUUUGUUUGCAAUGUUCUGGGUUUUUACAUCAGAGAGACAGAGACAGAGAAAGAAGACAACUGACUGACUUUGGCAAUAGUGGAACAAUCUCUGGUACCUUGUCCUAUUGAGCUGUUUUGAUAGAGGUUCUGCUCCACUGUUGGAGAAACAAAGUUUGAGGGGUGUGGUUGGGAUGUUGUUAACAGGAGAUCUCUUCUUGUUGAUUUUUCAUCUAUUAUUCUCUGGCCAUUACAUUUUUCUGUUGGGGUUUCCAUGGUACGGUUUGUUGAUUCCUCGCCCUUUGGGUAUAAGACCACCCCAGGGGGUGGAUUUGUGGGAAGGCAUCCAGGAAAUCACUGUGAACCGGCAGUGGGCGGAGUGAUGUCGCCUGCGUCAUCGGGACUCCUAGCCAUGUCACACCCACCAGCUGACCAAUCAGGUUAACCAGGGGGCAUGGCUGCUGCUGUUAAAAUCGCAGCACAGCUGGGGGACAGCCUCCUUUCGCCUCCUUUGUUGGAUCACCCAGCCUACCCACCCUCUUUUUAUGCGUUGCUUGACUUUGGCCUUGCUAUGGACUAAUGUCGGUCGCCUUGUUGAUGGGGCCAGGUAGGAAUUUUCCCACUUGGCAAAUUGGCACCAGCCAUUUGGUUUUCACCUACCUUGCAGAAAUCGUCACAACUUUGUAAUGUUGGGCGUUUAGGCAUUGGGUAAGCCUAGUUCAUGGGAGGGGAGGUUGUUGCCUCCGCCUGCCCUUCCUCAUUAAGGGUAUCCCGUUAAAGGGAUCCAGGGAUGUAGAUCCUGUCCAAAGCCUGGGCGUGGGCUAGGCCAUGCCACAACCCCAUCAGGGACACUGGGGGUGCUCUUAAUUGAUGUAUAUCAUAGGGCUCCCCCUAUCGGUGGUUGACCCUUAAGAGACUUCCUGUGGGCGUGCAAGAAUCAUGAUAUAGUUGGUUUCACCUAAUCCCUAAGCCAAACCGCUCGCAUCUGUAACCAAAAGUUGUGGCAUUAUUUAUCCCAUUAACUCAAAAUAUUUGUGACUGUGUGUUUAUUAUCUAAGGGGAACUUUGGGGGCCUGGGGGCUCGCCACACAAGGUACUACUGUGUGCUUAGUUUUGAGCCCUUUGCAGAUCCCUCUGAUGGAGUGGGCGCUCCUUGCUUAGAGGGAGGUUGAAGGGGAGAAAAGCCCAGUGGCGCCUGGUCCCUGCUGGGAUGAGGAGAGUAGCAGCUGUCGACCUUGGGUGAAAAGUUCAAAUCUGCAUUUAAAAGGCAGAAGGCCAUUAAGGGCUGUGACGUCUGGGGUCAAGUUGAAAUGGUUCUUGCGAUUUAAGUAAUUGAACCUUUCAUUCAGGUUUCAAGCAGCUGGAUUGCCCUCCAAAAUGCUGUAGAGGGAAGUGAAGCUUAUGCCUUGUGCAGUGCCAGCUUAGCUGCCAGAAAGUGCCUGGGGAAGCCUUCUGGGUGGUGAUAGUCCCUUGUGGGAAUGACUCUUUGGCUCCUCUCAGAAACUGUGAGCCAGUUGUAGUCAGGUCUUCCCAGUGCCCAGGCCUCUUCUUUAAUCACUAGGCCAAGCUCUCCACGCUUCCCCAGCCUGAUGAAUGAAUGCAACUGUUUGAGCUCCAUGGUAACCCUGUGCAAGAUCACAGCCUUCCCCUCUGAAGGAGGUGGAGGGAGAUUCAUGUGUUCAGGACUCUCGUCUCCAUGGUGAGGAGGAAGAAGGUGGGGGAAGGCCCAGUUUCUGAGACCGUUGCAUAUUGGCUCUAGGGAAAUUGUUGGCUUAUGGGCCUGUACUGGUCUACUGUGUGGUCAGUCAGUAGUAAUAAGUCCAAUAUUUUUCUCUCUUUCCUCCCCCCUCCCCCAGAAGAAAUGCAGAGCCUCCAGGCUCCAAGUCUUUUACAUGACAGGACUGGUCAGAGACAUCCCCUCCUCUGCUCUGGUUUUUCCAAUGUGCACGAGAUGGCAGUCCCUCCCCCAGUGACCUUUGGUGCUUGCUUGCAGACAAAUCAGCAUCGGAUGUUGUGUUUGUAUGAUGAUACUAAAUGAGAGUUGGCAAAAUACAAAUGAUUUUUCUUAGCACUUUAUUUUAUUAUCUAUUGAAACAAUUUUAAACCAACUCUUUCAAAAAUGUAGUGCUGAUGUGCAAAAAGCAUACAAACAAUACAAAUGCAUCAAAUCCAUUUGUAAAAAUAGCAGAAACUGAUUUAGGAGAAACUAUGUCUGGUCCAUAGUCUAUACUGUGUCACUGACUCCUGUGCUUUACAAGAGGAAUUGGGUUCAGUUGGGGGCAAACACACACAAACGAUUUUCCAAAUAUAACAAAAUGAAAAAACAAAACAAAAAUCGUAACCUUUUUUGAUAGACUUCCCUCCCCUCCCCCUCUUGGUUUCAUUAUAAUAUACUUGUUCAUGCACAUCCAUAAAACCUUAUAUACUUAACAAUCCAGUUUUAAAAUCAUCUCCAUCGUAUUACAAGUGACUUUUAAAAGUUAUACUAAUGUAAUAAUCUAUACACAAAGCUUUAAAAAUAUGCAUUGAACAGUUGCCCUUUUAAACAUUUGUCCUGCAUAGUUCAGUAAUUUAUUUUGCCAAUCUUCUUUUUUAUCUUCUUUGGCCAAGUCUUCAUCCUUCCAUAGGGGCUGGCUGGUCUUAGCCUGGCAUCCAAUCUCGAAUAUCGGAACAAAGUCUUUCGCUCAAACAAUCCAUCAAGUCCUAUACAUCUCAACAUCAUAACUUCAAUUAUUUUAACAAUGAUCAUUUCCCACAUUUUCCUCAGAUCUACCUUUGGCAGUACUUUUGACAGGCUUUGUCACUGUCACUUUGUCCCUACCAUCUGUGAUCUACAGUGGUACCUCUACUUAUGAAUUUAAUGCGUUCCGAACGCACAUUCGUAAGACAAAAAAAAUUGUAAGUCGAAUCCUAUAGGAAUGCAUUGGGAGAAAAAAUUCGUAAGUCGAAGCAACCCUAUCUAAAAAUUCAUAAGUAGAAAAAAUCCUAUCUAAACCGCAUCCAAGAUGGCGGACGGAGCUCCAUUCAUAAGUAGAAACAUUCGUAAGCAGAGUUAUUCGUAAGUAGAGGUACCACUGUACUGUAGUUCCUUUUGGGAAAAGGGGACUUGAGAGCCAUUACUGCUCUUGGGCUCCCUUUUACUUUGGGAUUACACUGGGAAUGCUGCUUGGAAAGAAUGGAAGCUGUUUCAUUUGAAUGUGUCUAGGUUGCCACAUUGUGCCCAGGUUUAUUCUAUAGAGGAAGCCUGUCUGAGUGGUGGUCUGGUUCUUGCACAAAUUUGCACAAAUGAAUGGUGCUGAAUUCCAGCCUGUUUUCAGCAGGAAUUGACUGGGGAGGUCCCAGACAGCACCAAUUCCAGCAGCUAGGCUUGCAUUUGGUGCAAAAUUUCAAAGGUGCUGAUUACAAGUUCUGCUUUCCCAGGAGCAACUGGGAGCAUAUUUUAUGGCUCCUGAUUGUUCCUUUGCAGCUGCUUCUUUAACUCUCCCACACUUGAUGUUAUAGAUUAUCAUUGUAUAUUAUCAUUUAUUAAAUUUGGUAGUCACUUUUUGUCCCUGCAACUCAAAGCAACUUACAAUAUUUUAAGCAAAAACAAACAAAUGCAUGCAUGCAUACCAUCAUUAACUCCCUCUCCUAAUCUUCUAGUUUCCAGGUAUUAAGGGGUGGCCUUUGCUGUCGCCUGGACAUUACUUCUCCCCAGGGGGAAAACUUCUUUGGUGUUGUCUAAUGAUGAUGAUAAUUAAUAAUAAUAAUUUAUUUAUACAGCACCCAUCUGACUGGGUUGCCUCAGCCACUCUGGGCAGCUUCCAAAGAAGUAAAAACAUUAAAAAUAGUAAAACAUCAAACAUUAAAAACUUCCCUAUAUAGGGCUGUCUUCUUCUAAAAGUCAUAUAGUUGGUUAUUUCUUUUACAUCUGAUGGGAGGGCAUUCCACAAGGCUGGCAUGACUACUGAGAAGGCCCUCUGUCUGUUUCACUGUAACCUCAAUUCUCAUAAUGAGGAAUCUGCCAGAAGGCCCUUGGAGCUGGAUCUCAGUGUCCUGACUGAACAAUGGAGGUGGAGAUGCUCCUUCAGGUAUACUGGGCUGAAGCUGUUUAGGGCUUUAAAAAUUAGCACCAACAUUUUGAAUUAUGCUCAGAAACGUACUGAGACCGGUGUUAUAUGGUUUUGGCUGCCACUCCCAGUCACCAGUCUAGCGGCCACAUUCUGGAUUAGCUGUAGUUUCUGAAUCACCUUCAAAGGAAGGCCCGUAUAGAGUGCAUUGCAGUAGUCCAAGCAGGAGAUAAGCAGAGCGUGUACCACCCUGGUGAGACAAUGCGCAGGCAGGUAAGGUCUCAGCUGGCAUACCAGCCCAGUAACUGAUUUAACCCCAACUCCCCUGGUGGUUGAGCCCAGGUGGGUUCUCAGUCAAUCAACAAGGGCAGGGCAGGCUUCUCUCUACUGGUCACAGAUGGAAAAAUGCCAGCUUCCGUAGGAGCAAGGAGUGAGGCAGCUGUGGAACGAGGCCAGUUGAUGUCAAGUGUGCAGUAGGUGGGUGUGGCUUGGAGAAAACAUCUUUUGGGGUCAAAUUAGAACCUCAUUCCAGUUCUCAUGCCUACAAGUUUGUGGUUCGCCACCACCAGAUCAAAAAUUCUGGUCCUUUUCCCCUUAUGGGUUGGCAGUCUUUUAAGUCAGGAAAGAUGCCUUGUAGUUUCACACAGUCUUCCUUGAUGUAGUUCUGCUGGAAGCAUUUGGCAUUCGCCACCUUCUCCAUGGAUUCUAGCAUUAUCCUGAGCUUAUUGCCAUACAGCUGCAUUCAAACUGUAUAGCAUUUAUACCUAAAGCCACCACUUGGACAUUUUGAUGUGACACUUAUUUCCAGUAGGCUUCAAGGGCUCUUCAAUUUCAUUGUAAGGAAGGGUUUAUCACUUCUUUGACAUGGUAGAGGACUCCAAAAUUGAGGGGUUGUGCUUGAGUAAAUAAAUCCAUUUCCAAAAGCAAAGUUCAAUGAAAAAAAGGUAAAUAAAUAGCAAAGGCUCCCCACGACUGCUCUUGUUCUUCCUAGCCUGCCCUGUGGUGAGAGGAGUUAUAUCAAAUGUCCUCAAGACCUCAGAUUAGCCUCCUUGCAGCCAGGAGUUUAUUUGCAGCAUUGGGUGUGUUGUGUGGAAUAGUGGGUAAAGAGCACAUCUCUUUGGUAAAAGGGGCAUUACAGUAGCUGGAGGAGCUAUGUAAUUUUCAGCUGCUACUCUUUGCCUGGUGUUUUGGGCUGGCCCAGAGUCAACUUAUCAGCCUAUGACACCAGGCUUUUCUCUUCUUUAAUUUUUUAAGGUUAGUAAUAUCAACAUCAGACCAUUUGAUUACUAUGUAUUAGUAUGUACUGUAUUUUAUUAAGGAGUCUUGUUAUUGCUUGUUUACAUGGAAAUACUUACACUGUGUGCUGGCUCAACAAGAUGCAAAAGGGGGGCUGUAAAAGGGUUUUGGGCAUGGAGUAAGAAGAGAGAAUUUGCAGUUUUCUUUUCUCUCUCAACAUCUUGACCUUGUGGUCCCUUUCAGCUCUAUGAUUAUUAUUCUAUGACAUGAAUACCUCUUAAGUCAUUUUCAUGCAAAAGAUGGAAAUCAGUGCUUUGUUGGAUGUCAUAGUGGUGAAGGAGUUGGAACUUCUCUCAUGAACUAGAGGUUGGGAUUCUGCGCAGUGAAAUAGUUGCAAGACUGGAUGUUGACAACUCCAAGACAGGAUCCACUCUGUAUUUCCGUUAGCUGCUUUAGAAAAGUAAGACUGGAGGACUUAAUAUGCUGUCUUCAGGCAAUUGCUGUAGCUCAGUGGCGAUCACCUUUUUACAUGUGGAAGGUCCGAAGUUCAAUCCCUGACAUCCCCAGGUAGGGUAAGAGAGAGCCAUUGCCAGUCAGUGCUGAGCUAGAUGCACCAAAGGUUUGACAUAAGGCAACUUCAUAUGUUCUGUAUGCAAGACCAGACCAUUUGCCCAUCUUGCCCUGUACUAUCUGCCUUGAAUUUCCAAGGUGUUGGGACAGAAAAUAGUAUUUAAUAUCUCUUGUCACCUGUUUCUAAGAUAGGGAUUGAAUCCAGGGCCUUCCGCAUGCAAAGAUGAUGUUCUACCACUGAGUGGUGGUCCCUCCUUGGGAUGAGAUCCUGAGCCAGUGCAACAUGCCAGGUGAGUACAAAGGGGGGGGGGUGUUGCUGCCUAGGACAAGAGGGGUGAGGCCUGUGUAGCACAACAAACAUGGGAAGGGAUUUGAACGGGAGUUGGUGAGCUCUUAAUCAUAUUGCUGGUAGUUUGUCGCCUUUGCAACAAAUAUACCUGCUAUUAGAGGCUUAUUCUGGAGCUCCAAUUGGGCAGCUGAGGCAAAGCAUUGGGUUCCUGCCUGCUUUUUCUUCAAACAAUAUCUUCUAGCUUCCAGAUUUCUGAUAAAUUGAUAAGAGGAAUUGCGGGAGUCAAUAGAGUUGUAGACACUUUGCCAAUAUAACCGUAGUGCUAUUGAUCUGCCAGUAAAUUAAAGUCUUACUUAGAGGCUGCCGAUAUUUCUAAUCUCCUGCCUCGCCAAUUACAACCUUCCAGCUACCUGAGAGAGACAGAGCAGGCAGGCAGGCCCAGCUGUUGGGCCCUGUUUAGUCUGGGGAGCUGCCAGGAUACAAGACAAUUCAUUGGAGUAUGAGAGGCUGUGGCUGUCUUACCAUGCUACACUCCCCCCUCAAAGCAUUUUAGUCAAGGAGAGACCCUUCCCAUGUCCUCAAAAGGCCAAGGAGUGAGGUGACAAAAGGCCUUUUAAGUACACAACAAUUUUGUUUAUUUUCGCCAGUAGUUGGAAUGCUGUGUUUGGUGAAUCCUUGGUAAUUCGUGUAAAACGUGUUUGUGGGAACAAGCACUGCUGUAGUUUUGGUGGCAGAUAGCAUUGUUAUUACUCACCAGAAAGAGGAUUCUGUGGCCACAGAUGUUCAAGAGCCAUUGCUGGUCAAGGAGUAGCAUCAGUCACCACUUUGGGUAGUCAGUUGCCUUUUCUUCCUGUUUGCUUCACACACAGGGGAAAUCCCAAAACUUGCUCUUCUGGGUGUAUGUAAUUUGAGGGGGAAAUCUCUACCAUUCAUUUUUCUGACAAAAUUUUUCUAUUCCUAGAUAAUACAGAAUGUGUUAAGCAACAGAAUUCUGUAGAGAUCUGAUAUAUAGCCAGUCUCCAUUCUUUUGCUGGGCAGCAGCAUGUGCGGGGUUUAGCAGAGUGCUAUGAUGUGCAGAGGCAAAAGGCCGUGUUGGGAGCACAGGGGGGCUGCCCCCUUUCUGUAGUUUUAGCCCACCCUCCUCCCCCUCCCCUCACCCUGUUCCUGCUUGUUUGAAGCUGGACAAGCAGCUGAGUUGCUUUCAGAGGUCCAAGAAAGAACAAUGGGAUCGUUGAGCUCCCUGCUGGGGGUCCUGUUUUGAGUGAUGAUGGUCUGAGCAGAUUGUUCACCUGAUAAGCUCCUUUCAAGUCUCUUUAUGUUUGAAAGUCCACAGUCGGCUUUGGGAAGAAAUCUCCAGAUAAAUGCUGUGUUCUUUCUAAUACCCCAGAGCAAAAAUCAAUUGGAGGGAUAAUUCCUCCCCUUGUCCUACACAGACUUUCAUGUGUAUAUAUCUCCAGCAGCACCUUCACAUAUGGAAAAGAUUUCUUAUAUUGCCCUUGGAUAAAAGCUUCUGCACUGAUUGUGCAAUGUGUGCCCUCUGGAGGAUAGGUGUAUUUUCCCAGGCAGAGUUUGGCUCCUGUGUUUUCCUGUUGAAUUUAGAUACAAGCAGAGAGAGGAAGAUGAGAGCUACCCAGCUGAGCCCAGCUAUAGGUUGUUUUAGCAGCAGAUAGAACUACAUGAUGAAUCCUCUCAACCUCACACUGAAAGGAGGAAAGAUACUAAUAUCUGCAACUUGGAAGAGUAAGUCUUGGUGACUGUCUGAAGAGAGGGUGGCCUGCAUUAUACAUUGGUUGUUUCUGUGCUUUAUGUGAGUUGCUUUGAACACCUCUGUUUGUGGGGAAAUUUGAAAAUUCAGAUAUUUACCCAUACUACAUGCACAAUAGAAAGGUGAUGUGAGCAUUGGAUUGUGUGAAAUCAGAGUAUGUUAACCCCAUUGUUCUGAACAAUGACCCAGUGCCCAUUCUGGAGUUCAGACCACCUUUCUUACUCUUAAGUAAUUCAGUGAUCUCCAGGUUAACUGGAACUGGUUACUUCUGAUCAACUAUAUUAAGCUAAACAGACACAGCUAGUUGAGGAAGCAUUUUGGACAUCCAUGGUUCACAACACUGGUGAAAAUUCCAGCAGGAUCGCCACCCUUGUCACUUCUGCAGAAUCCAAUCACUUUUACAUUUAACUUACUGAGAGUUCUAUUAAAGGAUUGGAGUCCAGGUGAAAGGAGUUUAUGUGUCCAUUAUUUCAAUUAGCAGAGCAUGGUUUGUUUUAUGUGAUUCAUGUAUAAAUUUAUUUUAUUCAUUCCAAUCGUGUGUCCGCCUAGAGGUGCUCAGCUUGGAGCAUUUCACUGUAGCCAGUCUAUAAAUGCUUACUUUUCUGGAGAGUUGGUGUUACAACUGGUGGGGUGUGUGUUUAUGUCUGUUUCUUAUUUUUAUUUAGGAGCAUAGCUAGAUAAACUCUUUUUCCAGCAAGGAGGAUCUUUUUGGAGGAAUUGGAUGAAGUUGAUAAACUACUCUCAGCCCUGGCCAAAGCCCAUUACCCAUGAUACAAGGAACAAGUUGGAGAGCUCCAGGCAGCACUAAGCGUUUGUAGUUCUUAUCUGUCCCUUAAAUGGCUUUGCAGUAUUUAUCUGGUCUGCAGUGUCUGAGCAAACAUAAUUCUGAGGGUGAAGGGGAGCUUUAGAACCUUCUGUUCCUACUUCUUCACAGUUAGGGUGUUCUUUCUCCCUACUGCACAGUAUAUUUGAGCCUAAACUCAUCCUCCUGCCACUUGCCAUUGCUGUUGCUGUGUUGGAGCCAUUUUGCUGACUCAUUGGUUUGGACUGAGAUUUGUCCCACUUUCAUUACUCACCAUGGCUUCUGUGUUCAAUCCCUGUGAAAGUCCUCCUAUCUUCUCUGCAGCCUCCUGAGUCACUUCAUUUCUGUAGUUUCCACUGUUCUUCAGACAUCUUUGCCUGCUCAGUUAGCAGCAUUAAAAAUGGGGGGAAAGGGAGUUGGGAUAGCAUUUGGAGGAGCAGUGGUAACUGUUUCUGGCCGAGUCUGCUGACUUUGAAAUUAGCCUUGAUUUGUGAUUGAGCUCAACCUGAAUAUAUUGCUAUGACUCAGUGCAGGACAGGAUGGCGGCCUUGACAGCAGGGAGGGGAAAGUGAGUGCACAAGCAAGCAGUCUCCCCUUCCAUUGGCAUAACCUGUGAAAUAUUGCCUCUUGUGGCUGUGUCUUGCACUCUUGCUGAGCAUGAUGCCCAGUAGUGUAUUAAACACUAGUUGAGUCAGGAGGGCAGCUGAUCACCCACGAGAGAUAAGCCAAGUUCUCUGAUGGCAGAUCAAUAAAGGUUAGUGACAUCAUAUCUCAAAGUGAGAGAACCUGCUUUCCACAGAGCUGUUUAUCAGAUGACAGCCUGAAACACUGUUAACAUUUUCCUUGCCAGGGACGUGCUUCCCACUAGAACUGGCCUCUAUGAUUACUCUGGGCCUUGUUGCUUUACACCUUUGCCUCAACUAUCCUCAUGUCUGUCCUCUUGUGGGUCUGUCAUGUGAGGAAAGUAUGCAUGUUGUGCUUACCUGCUGUAUUCCUCCGUAGACUGAGGUGUCCAUUGGGGUUUGCUAAGGAUUUGUUCCAAUAGGUUUGGAAAAGAGCAUUUGAGCAAAAAGCAGCCAGAAUUCCUAUUGAGGCAUUCUCAUCAUUCCACUGGCAGCACAGUGAAAGGGACUGAGAGCAGGCUGAGUAGGUCACAGUGACCAAAGUUCCCUCUAGUCUCACCCAUUCAGAUUGGAAGUGCCCACAUUUCCAGAUAUCUUCAUGUUGGUUGGCUUGUGAGCUGGACACGGGAUCUUGCAGGACAAGACAGGUCUCUAGCAUAGGAGGGGUUAACUCACAGGAAGGGAGUAACAGCUGGACUAGUCUCUAAGGCUUCUGCUCCCUCCCUCCUUCUCCCAAGGCCAUUUUCAGAGGGCAGUGCCAGUUCAGGGGGAGGUGGGAUGAUGUCUGUGAUCCCAGUCCCAGCUAAUGGGCUGGUGUCCAAAUGGAAAGUGUAUUUUCAGGGUAGAAGUGCUGAGCCGUUAGUGGGGCCUGGAUUACUGGGUGAUUGUGCUGUCAAUACUGCUGUAUUGAGUCUGAGCAAGCCUUCACAACACAAGGAAACACUUAGCUCACUGCUCCUGCUUAUUGAGAAGCCAAUAGCAAUUUACUGGCUGACACUUGACAUCAGAUCCAUUCCCUGAGGUACAGUUCCUGCAAAACUAUCCUUGUGUCCUCUCUCAACUUACCAUUCUUGUUGCCCUCUUUCUUACCUGACAUGUUGGGGGAGGGGGUGCAAGUGUUUGCCUUUUGUGUGUGCGCCUCUGCUAGACUUCAUGGCUUCUGUGGAGUAACCACUCAUUCCCAUGGCAUGCAGCGCACAUGCUUUCACAGUUCAAUAAGGGCUGCUUCCUGGGAUAACGUGAAACUUUUGUGUGUGUAUGAGAAGACUUUUGCUGUGUUUAUUUUGGCAGUAAGGACAGGCGAAGGGCUCCUAAUGUGCUACAGAAGGGGCAAUACUAGCCUGAGUUUCUACCCUGCUUGUGCCCAGGACAGGCUUCUUGGAGGUUCUCCUUCUUUUCGUCUACUCCCAAUUUUGCCUGUACUUAAUGUUCAUAGAAAUAAAUUGUUCAAGUUUUCAGUGCAGUAGGGUAUAAUUAAAGUAGCUCUUCAUAUGGAAAAUCUGCAGCAAAAUGCUCUAACUUCUAACAGAAGUGUUGCUGUUCAGGGAACGAGCCACACCCUCCCCCAGGAUACAGUGGUACUUUGGUUGUCGAACUUAAUCCAUUCGACUCCUGGAAUGGUUUGAAAACCCAGGCAUGGUUUCCAAUUGGCUGCAGGAGCUUCCUGCACUCAAUUGCAAGCUGCAUCAGACGUUCAGCUUCCAAAAAAAGUUUGUAAACCAGAACACUCACUUCCAGGUUUGCGGCAUUCGGGAGCCAAAAUGUCUGAGUACCAAGGCGUUCGACAGCUAAGGUAUGACUGUAUUCCAUUUGGAAAAUUCCCCCCCCCCCAUUUCUUGCUUUCUUUUCUAACUUGACAUGUCAACAUAUUAUGACAUGUAUACCCCUCAUUUGGGGGGAGGGUUCUACAAAUCUUGAGGUUCCCCUGAGUAUGCUGACAAAGCUACAGUGAAACAAUAGGGUAAAACAGCUCCACUUCUGUUGACACUCAUCACCUGAGUUUACUAUUAGAGAGUGAUAGGAUUCUGACAUUUAUGGGCAUAAUGACCACACAAAACAUAUUUCAGUCACAUUUCAAAUGAAAGGACUAGGAGGUUAAUCCUCAUGUGUAGAGAGCUAGUUCAUCACUUAUAGCAUGCAGUGGUGAUGGAUAGAUCAUGGCACAAUGGUUUGAUUCCAGGGAGAGCAUCUUCAAAUGAUUGCACAACAUAAACAAGUUGAAAACUUAACCUUUUCUAGUUUUCCAGUUGCUUAUGACUUUGAUGUAGGUGCUUUGGUUGCCGUACAUCCCUCUUCUCCAUAUCCGGAGGGCUGGACCCAGAGACACUAGGAGGAGCUAGUGAUGUCUCCAUUUCUGGAUUGCUGUCUUCCUGAUAAACUCUUGGCAUGACAUAGAUCUGCACCUCCUUUCUUUCUGUUGGCUGCUAGAAAUCCUUUUUUCAACUUGUGGUUAUAUUAGAUAUUAGCAUGAAUGAGAGCAUACUGGGUGGUGGUGGUGGGAGCUAAGAUAGUCAAGAACAAUGUGAGAAGUGAUACUUUGGUCUAAGUGGCUCAGCUUGCUUGUGGAAAGCUUUGAAGCUGGUUAUUAGUUCCCAGUUGUUUGUGCAAAGUUCAAAAUGCAACUCAGUCAGAAAAUUUAAUCAAUUAAAGUUUAUGUCUCUCCUGAGCCCCAAAAUAAACUUUGGAAUACCUCAUAUUAUAUAAGUCAUUGACUGGGGGAUAAUCUCCUACAAGAUAUACAAAGCUUUUCUCCAAUCAAGGUUGUCAUGUUUCUGCAACAUACAUGAAUGUGUGGUGACCUCAGAUGUCACCAAUAAGUAACGAUCAAGGAGUGCACACUCCACAAUAGGUUUUAGGCCAAAAGAAUCUUACACCCCAUAUCCAGUAGAAUAUCCUUUGAUAUGGCAUUUAGUCAUAUACUAAAUGUCAAUCAUAGCCAAAAUAUGAAAAAAUGAAUAAAGAACUUGGGGUGUAUAUCAUCAAACUCUAAUGAAUAAAUGAUGAUCUCAGAUUAACAUGGGUGUAUAUGUGUCAUAUUUGACACUGGCUUGUCCUGAAAUAAAGCAAUGGAUCAGAUCUUAUUCAGUGUCAUCUUACAUGGGAUACUGUUCUAGAAAUAAGGAUGUAUCAACAUUUACUGUGGAUGCACAUCACAGCCACACUGGUUUCUUAAGAUGCCUCCCACAAUUUUUACUUGUUGGAAUCAUCUGCAUUUGUGCCUUCAAUAUUUCACCUUUAAGAAAUUCCCAUCCAUCUUCAAUUCUCUUCUCUCUGAGAAUUUCUGACCAUGGAAUCUCACUUAAGCUUUUAGAAAUCCACCUUCAUAAAGUCCAGAGUAAAUAUCCAACUACACUCAGCUUUCCUUUGCCUCUGUAUCAUGAAACCCAGGAGGACAUGAUCACUUCCUCCUAAGUUUCCCAGUAUUCCCACUUCAUUAAUGAGUUUCUCUCUGUUGGUGAGGACCAAGUCCAAGAUAGAUGAUCCCCUUGUUUCUUCCACCUUGUGGGAAAUGAAAUUGUCAGUGAGGGUGUGGAGGAAUUUGUUAGACCUUGCAUUCUUGACAAGGUUUUGAAUUCCAACAGAUAUUAGGGAAGUUGAAGUCUCCCAUGACUUACUAUCUCUCUCUCAUUUGAAUGUAUGGUAAUCUGCCGUAGGAAGGCAUUAUCUAAGUCAGGCAUCCCCAAACUGCGGCCCUCCAGAUGUUUUGGCCUACAACUCCCAUGAUCCCUAGCUAACAGGACCAGUGGUCGGGGAAGAUGUGAAUUGUAGUCCAAAACAUCUGGAGGGCCGAAGUUUGGGGAUGCCUGAUCUAAGUCUUCAGUGUGGCUUGGAGAUCUAUAGCAGAUACUCAAAGUAAGGUCACUAUUGUUUCCCUCUCUUACAAUUUUUACCCUUAUACGUACUCUCAAACUGCCUUCCAUGUUCCAGGUCAUGGAUCUCUACACAAGUGUAUUUAUCCUUUACAUAUAAUGCUGCUACUUCUUCUUUCUUGUUUGGUCUAUUCCUUUUGAAUAGGUUUUGCCUCUCAAUUUCUACAUUCCAGUCAUACGUCUCAUCCUACCAGGUUUCAGUAAUGCCUUUUAGGUCAUAUUUGCUAUCCUGUAUUGAGCUUGAAUUUGUCUUGCUUGUUUCUUAUACUCUGUGCAUUAGUAUAGACCAGGGGUCAGCAACCUUUUUCAGCCGUAGGCCGGUCCACCGUUCCUCAGACCAUGUGGUGGGCCGGACUAUAUUUUUUGGGGGGAAAUGAAUGAAUUCCUAUGCCCCACAAAUAACCCAAAGAUGCAUUUUAAAUAAAAUGAUACAUUAUACUCAUGUAAAAACACGCUGAUUCCCGGACUGUCCGUGGCCCGGAUUGAGAAGCCAAUUGGGCUGCAUCUGACGCCCAGGCCUUAGGUUGCCUACCCCUGGUAUAGACAACUGAAACCAUAAGUCACUCCCUCCAGCUGCUUCCUCCUUAUACUUUCCUCCCCUUUAGCAGGUUUCUGGAUUUUCUGGACCACCAUCUCAGUUUCCUGUGCAUCAAUGAAGCUGUUAUCCCUAGUACCAGGUGUUCCCCUCUCAUCUGUAAUAUUGUCUUCCUCCCACUCAGGAUUUAGUUUAAAGCUCUCCUGAUCAGGUUUGUGAGACUCUUAGCAAACACACUAUUGCCAACCACUGUGAGGUCCCACCCAUAUUUUGCCCAAAGUACUUCCUCAAGGAAGCAGAGACUGAAUAAGGAACUGGGACCCAGGUGGCGCUGUGGUUAAACCACUGAGCCUAGGGCUUGCUGAUCAGAAGGUCGGCGGUUCGAAUCCCUGUGACGGGGUGAGCUCCCGUUGCUUGGUCCCAGCUCCUGCCAACCUAGCAGUUCGAAAGCACGUCAAAAUGCAAGUAGAUAAAUAGGAACCGCUACAGCGGGAAGGUAAACGGCGUUUCCAUGUGCUGUUCUGGUUCGCCAGAAGCGGCUUUGUCAUGCUGGCCACAUGACCUGGAAGCUAUACGCCGGCUCCCUCGGCCAAUAAUGCGAGAUGAGCGCGCAGCCCCAGAGUCGGACACGACUGGACCUAAUGGUCAGGGGUCCCUUUACCUUUACCUUUAGUGUACACAAUACAAUAAGCUUUGGUCCAUCACCAGUACAGUGUCUGUCAUGUUAUAUAUUUAUAAAAGUAUUUAUCUGCUACUAAAUCACAAAACAUCAAAACAGUUUACAACAUUAAGAAGAUAAUCAUGCAAUAAAAGCAUCAAAAAAUUAAAAGCAAUUUCAAAGCAAAAACUAAAAACAAGCAGCAAUAAACCAUUGUGGGAGAUGUGCUCUUAAUUGCCUGAAUAGUCCUGGUGUAAUAAAAAAGUUUUCAGCAUGCGUUUUAAAGUUGGCACAGAAGGCACCCACUGAAUCUUUUUUGGCAGAAUAUUCCACUGGACCGGGCGAAGGACACUAAAGGUUCAGUUUUUUCUUGUCAAACAAGCCACACCAACUCAGGUACUGAUCGAUUACUUCUGCAGGUGAUCUCAGUGAUAGAGAUGGGACAUAAGGAUUCAGGUAAUCCUUGAGGUACCCUGGACCUAAGCUGUUCAGGACUUUGUAAAUUAAUACAAGAACCUCAAUAUGAGAUGGGCAGCCAUUGCAGCUGUUUUAACAAUGAUUCCGCAUGUUCUCAGCCAGAGGCUCCCUUCAGCAGUCUGGCCCCACCAGACCCAGGGGCAGGCAACCUCAUACGGAGCGCAUUACAGCAGUCCAGCCUUGAGGUUAUCAACAUAUGGAUGACAGUCAUCAGGCUAUCCCUGUCCAGGAAUGGCCAUAGUUGGUGAACCAGAUCUUUAUGAGGUCAUGGAAUAGUGUCUUUAAAAAAAGAAAAAGAAAAAAGUAGCUACUGAACUGAAAAGGUGAAAUUCUUCUUCUAGGAUUCCACCCACCUGCACAUUAAAACUAGCAUGCAUUUAAAAAUCAAGAGCAAUCAUUUUGAAUGCAACUAGGAUUUUUUUAUGGACUGGUGAUUAUGGCUGGUGGCUAUAUCUGCCUGGAAAGGACAGGGUUUGAUCAAAACUUUUUUGAAAGUGAAGAUUUAUUGAAAAUUUAUUUUGGGAUAUUUUGAAUGGUGAUAGCAUGAGUAUGUAUACUUGACAGUGUGUUCAGUUCAAAGGGGAUUGUGUCCAAUGAAGUUCUAUUUGGAGUAGGGGCAUUGAAAUUAAUGGAACUAUGUUAGUCAAAUCCAUUAAUUUAAUGGGUCUGCUCUGAGUAGAACAACCCUGAAUACAACCCAAAGAAAGAGUUUGCGCUUUCAUUUCACAGAUAACUGACUUUCCUGUAUGUAGUGUAUGUCUAUAUUAAAGUAACAUGUCAGGGAGAAGAGAGCAGCCUUGUUGUUCCUUGCUCUUGCCUGCAUAUUCUGGCUAGUGUUGGCAAGUGCACCCUUGGCAGUGUUUUUUCUCUCCAAAGGACACAUCUGGCUGCGCGGAUAUAUUAUUUGUAUGGGCCCAAUGUUUGUUUGGUGGGUUCAAACCUCACUCCUUUAUUUUUGCUAUUAUUGGUUUGGGUUACAAGCUAGUUACAGUGUCCUAUACCGUAGGAAAGCAUUGGGACAGAUACAGUGCCAUGCCACCUCAUAGGCAACAUAUUACUGGAUGCAUAGAUGCAUGAUUUAUGGUGACCCAAAACUUAUUUUGAGGCGAACACCCCCAGUUCCUUCUUCAUUUCCUCCUUCAUUGACUAUAGUUGGUGUGUGGCUGCCAUAUUUGAUGCUGGUUUACAACCAAGACCAGAAAUGUGAAUGUGUGAUUUGGCAUCAUCAAAGUUUACUGUGGGGUGUGCACCCAGAAUUUAUUAUUUAUUUAUUGUCAUCUGAGAUCAUCACAAAUCAUGAGCACUGUGCACAUGCACAACAAUUUUGAAUGGAGAAAAUUAUUGUGCAUUUCAAAAGUGAGCAGCCCCCCAGUUUUGUGAAAUAAAGAACUGGAACCUGAGAACUAGCAACCCACUUCAUUGUAAAGGAGGCAAGUAUCUGGAGACUGUAACCCUUGAAAAGGCCUCUUCCUGUGAUCCCUGCAAACGGUACUUUUCUAUCAAAGAACAAUAGCCAGCAUCUUGGCUUAACCUUGGCUGUAGGAGUCGAACUCUUGAAAGCAGCCUGGGGUUGAACACCACGCUGGAUUUGAAGCCAGAAAGUCAGUGGUCAGCAUUUGAGCACUCAUGGUCUGAGCUAUGUAGUACCUGUAACAAGUGGCAACUGUGGCAUCUUACCAGUAGAUAGGAUUGAGGAGGCUGUGAGUCCUGAUUGUGGCCUACUGUAUGCUGCCAAUGAAACCUUCAGGCAGAAAGGGAAAGCACUGGAGCAGCAGGCAGCAACUGUUACUUUCUUCUGCCUCUGAUAUGUGAGAUUCUGUAGUCCUGGUCUCCAUUUGAAAUUAAAUGCCUGAACUAGAUAAAAUCCUUUCUGGAUCAGACCAGACCUAUUGUCUAUGCCAGGCAUCCCCAAACUGUGGCCCUCCAGAUGUUCUGGCCUACAACUCCCAUGAUCCCUAGCUAACAGGACCAGUGGUCGGGGAAGAUGGGAAUUGUAGUCCAAAACAUCUGGAGGGCCGAGGUUUGGGGAUGCCUGGUCUAUGCUCCACUCCAUAAAGCUCACAAGAGAGUUGUUUGUUGGAACUGUCAUGGGAGCCUUUGGAGUGCUGCAGCUGAAGGAAGAGUGAAGAUUCCCUUCCUGGGGGGACUUACUUUGGUUUGAAAAAAAACGACAGUCUGGUGCACCUUUGCGGUUGGGUGUUCUUCCUUCCCUGUAUGUGUAGAUGCAGGAGUAUGAAGGGGGGGGGGACUCAGACACUCCAUAGACAUAGAUGUACAUAAGCUCCCAGACAGAGACUAGCUGGGCCACAUUUUAGAGUGAAACAUUUCUCAAGAGCAGGAAUGACUCAUGCCAGCAAAGUUCAUGCCCUCUGGAGAAGGAGGGUCAGUAUCUGCUUUACAGGAAAAGUGCUAAUCUUGGGUAUUAAAUCAAACUCUAUGGGACAGACAGCUGAAGCUCAGGCACAGAUAGGUAAAGUGUGUAAUAAGUCCUUUGCAUCAGAAAACUCCCAAGUGUGAAGCGGAUGGGUCUGUUGACAAUUUGCAUAGGUGGAGAAGGUAGUGAGCACUGAAGGAGCUGCUUGGUGUUAAUGUCACAAGGAACUGCUUGAGGAUCUGACAAUGGGAAUAUCUCUACUCUUCCAGCCCUUUGCCCACCUGUCCCCUUUGGAGCUACUUUAUAGAAGAGCACUCUUUGAUCCCACAUGUUGAUAGUUGUGACCACUAGAUGGCUGAAAUGCUCCACUGAAGCACUGUGCUAUGUGGUGAUGUGGCAUGUGAGGAGGCCAUGGCUCAGCAAAGUACCUUAGUUGCAAGGCCAUAUAGCCAUCACCUGCCUGGGAGUUUCCUGUAAUGAUGGUGCUUUGAACUGGAAGGGGUGUUCUCUCUCUCUCUGCUACUUGGACUAAGGACCCCGGGAAGCUGUCUUAUGUUGCUGUGUAUGACUAGGCACAGCCUAAGGCAGUGCUUCUCAAAGUUGGGUCUCCAGCUGUUGCAAGCUAGCAAGAUCAGUGGUCAGGGAUGAUGGGAGUUAUAGUCCAACAACAGCUGGAGACCCAAGUUUGAGAAACCCAGGCCUGAGGCUUUUCAGAAACAGCCCUUUAAUCUUGCCUGAUCUGCUCUUCUCUACAGGAGUACCCUGCACUGGCCCAGCCACCUCCUUACAGUGAGCAUCUUUGUUGCAAGGUUUCUUCUCUUCAGGAGCAGCCUUUGUUCUGUCUCCAGUGGAUGGUUGACUGUUUCUAAGGUCCGAACCAAACUGGGUGCAAUGAAUGCUCCAUGCAGGCCUCGCCAUGGAAGGCUGUGACUCAUCUGUCAUCUCGGGGAAGGACAAUGGGUGUGCUAUUCCUCAGCACCAGCAAUGGACUGAACUCAGCAGCACCCACCUCCCCAGCAAACCUUGUAACAUGGAGCCAUCUGCAGCGGAGAGCCAUGAAGCCCUAGACAACCGGCGGGCUGCUUUCAGUGAGCACUCCGCAGAAAGUGUCGUUGCCUCUGGCUCCAGCACUGAGCCAGCCAGCAAGGAGGUCAGCUGUAACGAAUGCUCCACCUCCUUUGCCAGCUUACAGACCUACAUGGAGCACCACUGCCCCAGUGCCCGUCCGCUCCUCCCUCUGCAAGAAGACUGUGGGAGUGACACUGGCGAGGAGGGAGAUGAGGAAAGUGAUGUAGAGAAUCUGGCAGGGGAGAUAGUCUACCAGCCAGAUGGCUCGGCAUACAUUGUUGAAAGCAUCAGUCAGCUGAUCCAAAGUGGGGGGGUCUGUGGGGGUGGCAAUGGCACCAGCAGUGGGACUCUCCCAUCACUCUUUAUGAACUCUCUCCCCAGUGCUGGGAGCAAGCAAGGCGAGGCAACUUCGGCUGCGCCUGUCUACCCACAGAUCAUCAACACUUUCCACAUAGCCUCAUCCUUUGGAAAGUGGUUUGAGGGCUCGGACCAGGCCUUCCCGAAUACCUCAGCCCUGACAGGGGUCAGCCCUGUCCUGCACAGCUUCCGCGUUUUUGAUGUGCGCCACAAAAGCAACAAGGAUUACCUGAACAGCGAUGGUUCUGCCAAAAGUUCCUGCGUAUCCAAAGAUGUUCCCAACAAUGUGGACCUGUCCAAAUUUGAUGGCUUUGUGCUUUAUGGAAAGCGGAAGCCCAUCCUGAUGUGUUUCUUGUGCAAGCUCUCCUUUGGAUAUGUCCGCUCAUUUGUGACCCAUGCGGUGCAUGACCAUCGAAUGACUCUGAGCGAGGAGGAGCGGAAAAUUCUUAGCAAUAAGAACAUCUCCGCUAUCAUCCAAGGAAUAGGCAAAGACAAGGAACCCCUUGUAAGCUUUUUGGAACCAAAAAACAAAAACUUUCCACACCCUUUCGUUUCCACAGCUAACCUCAUAGGCCCUGGACACAGUUUCUAUGGCAAAUUCAGUGGGCUCCGCAUGGAAGGGGAAGGGGGUACCCAGGUUGGGGCUGCCAGUGGAGCAGAACAACCCCAGUCGGGCCUCUUGGCCUCUGGGGCUCUCUUGAACCUUGGAGGGCUAACAAGUUCAGCUUUGAAGACCCCAAUUACCUCAGUCCCCCUGGGCCCACUGGCUUCCAGUCCAACAAUAUCCUCCGAGGGGAAGGAGGACCAUGGGAUAGUAGAGUAUGAAAAGCAAGACCUGGCUGACCAGGACAGCCUCUCAGAGAAAAUUGAGCCAGCUGGGGAGGACGAGGAGGAGGAAGAGGACGAGGAGGAGGAAGAGGACGAGGAGGAGGAAGAUGAUGAGGGGUGCAAAGGGCUGUUCCCAAGCGAGUUGGAGGAUGAAUUGGAGGAAAGACCUCUUGAGGAGUCUGGGGCAGUGGCAGGCAGCAGCAGCAGCAAAAAGGACCUUGCUCUCUCAAACCAAAGCAUUUCUCCCUUAAUGCCUAAUGUGCUCCAGACUCUGUCCAGGGGCACAGCUUCUUCUAGUUCUAAUUCUGCUUCUUCCUUUGUCUUUGAUGGUGCAAAUAGGAGGAAUUGUUUAAGCUUUAACAGUGAAGGCAGUGAGGGCAGCAGGAGGCUCGACUUCAGUGAUGAAAGUGCCAAUAAAGACAAUGCCACAGUACCAGAACCAAAUGAGAGUGUUGAGGGUGAAGACGGGAGCUGCAUUUCCCAUCACCAGCAUGUGGGGCCCCUAUGUGAGCUUGGGGGUGGGGAGUGCCCUUCGGGGAGCGGUGUGGAGUGCCCCAAGUGUGACACCAUCCUGGGCUCCUCACGGUCACUUGGCGGCCACAUGACCAUGAUGCAUUCACGAAACUCGUGUAAGACGCUCAAGUGCCCCAAGUGUAAUUGGCACUACAAGUACCAGCAGACACUUGAGGCUCACAUGAAGGAAAAGCACCCAGAGCCGGGGGGUGCGUGUGCCUAUUGCAAAAGUGGGCAGCCCCACCCACGGCUGGCACGGGGCGAGAGCUACACAUGUGGUUACAAGCCUUUCCGCUGUGAGGUUUGUAACUACUCCACUACUACCAAAGGCAACCUCAGUAUUCAUAUGCAGUCUGACAAGCAUCUCAACAACAUGCAGAACCUGCAGAAUGGAGGCGGGGAACAAGUUUUCAGCCACACUGCUGGGGCUGCGGCAGCAGCUGCAGCUGCGGCGGCUGCUGCUGCUGCUGCUGCCGCCGCCAACAUGGGUAGCAGCUGUGGGGCCCCCUCCCCCACCAAACCAAAAAGCAAACCAACCUGGCGGUGCGAGGUUUGUGACUAUGAGACCAACGUUGCCAGGAACCUUCGCAUUCACAUGACCAGUGAGAAGCACAUGCACAACAUGAUGCUGCUUCAGCAGAACAUGAGCCAAAUGCAGCACAACCGCCACUUGGGCCUGGGCAGCCUGCCUGCUGAGGCUGAGCUGUACCAGUACUACCUGGCUCAGAAUAUGACCCUGCCCAACCUCAAGAUGGACAGCGCUGCGUCUGAGGCUCCGUUCAUGAUGGGCAGCUUCCAGAUGGAUCCCACCAACACAAUAGCAUCCAUGGCCCCAUCUCUAGUGGGUGGAGAGAUCCCCCUGGACAUGCGGCUUGGGGGUGGGCAGCUGGUGUCUGAGGAGCUAAUGAACCUGGGGGAGACGUUCACGCAGACCAAUGACCCUUCGCUGAAGCUUUUCCAGUGUGCCGUGUGCAACAAGUUCACCACAGACAAUUUGGACCUGCUGGGGCUGCACAUGAACGUGGAGCGCAACCUGCCUGAAGAGGAAUGGAAGGCUGUGAUGGGGGACUCUUAUCAGUGCAAGUUGUGUCGCUACAAUACGCAGCUCAAGGCCAAUUUCCAGCUCCAUUGCAAGACUGACAAACACGUGCAGAAGUACCAGCUGGUGGCACAUAUCAAGGAGGGGGGCAAGGCCAAUGAGUGGAGGCUCAAGUGUGUGGCUAUUGGGAACCCCGUGCAUUUGAAAUGCAAUGCCUGUGACUAUUAUACCAACAGCUUAGAGAAGCUGCGUCUCCACACAGCGAACUCCAGGCAUGAGGCCAGCCUGAAACUCUACAAGUUAGCCAUGGAACCGACAAGAGGAGAGGCGACUCUUGAUUUAAUCCUAUGUGAUGCCCUGGAUCUGGUGCAAGAUCACCUUCAGCAUCAUGAGAGUGGAGUUGAUGGGGAAAGCUGCUUCUACCACUGUGUCCUAUGUAACUACUCCACCAAGGCCAAACUGAAUCUCAUUCAGCAUGUGCGCUCCAUGAAACACCAGCGGAGUGAGAGCCUGCGUAAGCUGCAGCGCCUACAGAAGGGCCUUCCCGAAGAAGAAGAGGACCUGGGCCAAAUCUUCACCAUCCAGAAGUGCUCCGCCCCUGAUGCUGAGGAGUUGAUUGAAGAUGCAGAAGGGCCUCCUAGUGAGGCAGCUCCUGAUCCAGAAGAGCCUGUUAAAGAUGCAGAGGCUGCUGUUGACAAGGAUGAGGGCAAAUGGGCGGCAGCGCAUGUUACCCCAGCUGAAAAGGAGCUGACAGAGUCCCCAGCAUCCUCUAAACGUAUCUCCUUUCCGAGAAGCUCUGAGUCGCCUGUCACCAAAUGGCCUAAAACAUCAGAUGAGACCAAGCUGGAGCAGGUAUAUCAGUGCCCAUAUUGCAAGUACAGUAACACCGAUGUCAACCGGUUGAGGGUCCAUGCCAUGACUCAGCACUCGGUUCAGCCUAUGCUUCGGUGCCCUCUCUGCCAGGACAUGCUCAGCAACAAGAUCCACCUGCAGCUGCACCUCACUCACCUCCACAGCGUCUCCCCGGACUGUGUGGAGAAGCUCAUUUUGACGGUGACAACCCCAGAGGUUAUGAUGCCUAGCAGUAUGUUUCUUCCAGCUGCAACACCAGAUCGAGAUGGGAACACCAGCACGGAUGAGUCAACCAAGCAGCCUGAGACUUCAGAGGACUUAGGCAAAGGCCUGCUACUGGCUUCUGAGAACACAGGGGAGCGUGGGGCAGAACCAAAGCAUGCUCCACCUGACCAGGCCUCUGCCAGGGAUGAUGCUGGAUUUCUGUGCUGGAAGAAGGGCUGCAGCCAGGUGUUCAAAAGCUCCACUGCCCUGCAAGCGCAUUUCAAUGAGGUCCACAGUAAGCGGCCCCAGUUGCCUGUCUCUGACCGUCACGUUUACAAAUACCGCUGCAACCAAUGCAGCCUGGCCUUCAAAACAAUUGAGAAGCUCCAGCUGCACUCCCAGUACCAUGUCAUCCGGGCAGCUACUAUGUGUUGCCUUUGCCAACGCAGCUUCCGCACUUUUCAAGCCCUCAAGAAGCACCUGGAGACAAGUCACCUGGAACUGAGUGAAGCUGACAUCCAGCAACUGUACGGUGGGCUCCUGGUCAACGGGGACCUCCUGGCCAUGGGUGACCCUUCGCUGGCUGAAGACCACACUGUCAUAGUAGAGGAGGACAAAGAGGAGGAGAGUGACCUAGAGGACAAGCAAAGUCCCACAGGAAGUGACUCUGGGUCUGUACAGGAAGACUCUGGCUCAGAACCAAAACGAGCUCUCCCCUUCCGAAAGGGCCCAAACUUCACCAUGGAGAAGUUCCUGGACCCAUCCCGCCCAUACAAGUGCACAGUUUGCAAAGAAUCCUUCACACAGAAAAACAUCCUUUUAGUCCACUACAAUUCAGUCUCUCACCUGCACAAGCUGAAACGAGCCCUCCAAGAGUCCACCUCUGGCCAGCCGGAGCCCACCAGCAGCCCCGACAACAAGCCCUUCAAGUGCAGCACUUGCAGCGUGGCCUAUAGCCAGAGCUCCACCUUAGAGAUCCACAUGCGGUCCGUCCUGCAUCAGACCAAGGCACGAGCUGCCAAACUGGAGGCUGCGGGGGGUAGCAGUGGCAGCAGCAACAGCAAUGGAGCUGCUGGCGGCAGUGGUGGCAGCAGCAGCAGCGUCUCUCUGGGCUCUUCCACACCCAGCCCCAUCAGCACAACCACCACCACCUCCUUUGCCAUGACGAACACAAGCACUGCCAACACAGCUCCCGUCUCUAGCCUGCUCAGCCAGGUCUCUUGCGAGAGCACUGGAAUCCCUUCUCUCAGCAACCCCAUCAGUACCAGCUCCACCCUGGCAGCUGCUGCAAGCCCCUCUGAGCCCAAAGAGGUGAACCGUAAGAAACUGGCUGACAUGAUUGCUUCACGGCAGCAGCAACAGCAGCAGCAGCAGCAGCAAGCGCACACCCUGGCGCAGGCACAGGCGCAAGUACAGGCACAGUUCCAGCAAGAGCUCCAGCAACAAGCUGCUCUCCUGCAGUCACAGCUCUUCAACCCUACUCUCUUGCCCCACUUCCCAAUGACCACAGAGACUCUCCUCCAGCUCCAGCAGCAGCAGCACCUUCUCUUUCCCUUCUACAUUCCCAGUGCCGAGUUCCAGCUGAACCCCGAAGUGAGCUUGCCUGUGACCAGUGGCACGCUGACACUGACUGGGACCGGACCUAGCCUUCUGGAUGACUUGAAGGUGCAGCUCCCCCAGCCAGGCCACCCAUCACUCUUGCAGCAGCCACCGCAGCAGCAGCUGCCUCAAGGUCAGCUGUCACAGCCGCCUCAUUGUGUUCUCCUUCAGCAGAGCCAACACUCAGAGAAGAAGAGCAAGGCUUUUGGGAAGGAGAAGGAAGUCCAAAGGGAACAGGAGAGCUUUGAAAAGGGGGAGGGCACCUCCAUCUCUAAAGAGCUCCUUCCUGACACCCUGAAGUCCAAAGACAAGCCAGAGUCGGCAGGGACAGGAUCAGGCCCUGCAGAACCUUCUAUGUUUCCUCCUCGUAUCGCAUCAGAUGCACGUGGGAAUGCCACAAAAGCCUUGCUGGAAAACUUUGGUUUUGAGUUAGUCAUUCAAUACAAUGAGAACAAGCAGAAGGUGCAGAAGAAGGCUGGGAAGACAGAGCAGGGUGAGAGCUUGGAAAAGUUGGAAUGUGAGUCAUGUGGGAAAUUCUUCUCUAAUGUCCUCAUCCUGAAGAGCCACCAAGAACAUGUCCACCAGCAUUACUUCCCCUUCAAGCAGCUGGAAAAGUUUGCCAAGCAGUACCGUGAACACUACGACAAGCUGUACCCACUGCGGCCUCAAACUCCAGAGCCGCCCCCUCCUCCACCGCCACCGCCCCCUCCACCUCUUCCACCUCCUCUGCCAGCUCCACCUCCACAGCAGCCUUCUACGCCUACCAUUCCUGCUUCGGCUCCAUCCAUUACAUCUCCCACCAUUACACCAGCCCAGCCAUCGCUGCCCCUCACUCAACUUUCCAUGCCUAUGGAGCUGCCAAUCUUCUCUCCCCUGAUGAUGCAGACCAUGCCUUUGCAAACCUUACCUGCCCAGUUGCCACCGCAGCUUGGCCCCGUGGACACUUUGCCUGCAGACCUGGCCCAGCUGUACCAACACCAGCUCAACCCAGGCCUUCUGCAGCAGCAGCAACAGAACAAGAGGCCACGCACGCGGAUCACAGAUGACCAGCUCCGGGUCUUGAGGCAAUAUUUUGACAUCAACAAUUCCCCAAGCGAGGAGCAGAUCAAGGAGAUGGCAGACAAGUCUGGACUGCCACAGAAGGUAAUCAAGCACUGGUUUCGGAACACACUCUUCAAAGAGCGCCAGCGUAACAAGGACUCCCCAUACAAUUUCAGCAACCCUCCAAUUACCAGCCUGGAGGACCUGAAGGUAGAUUCUCGACCACCCUCUCCAGAGCCUCAAAAGCAUGAGUACUGGGGAAGCAAGAGGUCUUCCAGGACUCGGUUUACUGACUACCAACUCCGAGUGCUGCAGGAUUUCUUUGAUGCCAAUGCUUACCCCAAGGAUGAUGAGUUUGAGCAGCUCUCGAAUUUGCUCAACCUCCCAACCCGUGUGAUAGUGGUAUGGUUUCAGAAUGCUCGCCAGAAGGCCAGGAAAAACUAUGAGAAUCAGGGGGAAGGGAAGGAUGGGGAGCGACGGGAGCUGACAAAUGACAGGUACAUCCGGACAAGUAACUUGAAUUACCAGUGCAAGAAGUGCAGCCUUGUCUUCCAGCGCAUCUUUGACCUGAUCAAACAUCAGAAAAAGCUGUGCUACAAGGAUGAGGAUGAAGACGGGCAGGAUGACAGUCAGAACGAGGAUUCCAUGGAUGCAGCAGAGCUGCUGACCCCAACCAGUUCCUCCUGCAGCACCCCAAUGCCUUCCCAGGCCUACAGCACCCCCACGUCUUCUGCAAAUACAGCCUGCUCUUCCUCAGCUUUUCUACCACAGCUCACUGGUGAAGCAGACGAUGACUACUCCAUCUAUAGUUCUAAAGCAGAAGCUACAGACGAAAAACCAAAGCAACCUGAACCUCCAAGUACGCAGCAAAACCAAACUCCAGAGAAGCAAAUGCAACCAAAGCAGGAGGUGCAGCAGCAGCAGCAGCAACAGCAGGACCCAGGCGAGCCAAAGGCCAGUACAGCACACCCAAAGGCCUCCCCACCCACCCCACAGCAAUCAGUCCAGCCUCCCCCACAGUCUGUGCUGCCACAGUCCAGUCCUAGCCCCUCACAGCUCUCUCACCUACACCUCAAGCCCCUUCACACAUCCACCCCCCAACAGCUGGCCAACUUGCCUCCUCAGCUCAUCCCCUACCAAUGUGACCAGUGCAAACUGGCAUUUCCCUCCUUUGAGCAUUGGCAAGAGCAUCAGCAGCUCCACUUCUUGAGCGCCCAGAACCAGUUUAUCCACCCCCAGUUUCUAGACAGGACUUUGGAUAUGCCUUUCAUGCUCUUUGAUCCCAGCAACCCCCUCCUGGCCAGUCAGCUGCUGUCUGGGACGCUCCCCCAGCUGCCCAUGAGCUCAGCCACUUCACCCUCCACACCAACAUCCACCAUGAGCACACUGAAGAGAAAGUUGGAGGAGAAAGCCAGUGCAAGUCCUGGCGAGAAUGACAGCAGCACCGGCGGGGAGGAGCCCCAGAGGGACAAGCGUCUCCGAACAACCAUCACCCCAGAACAGCUGGAAAUUCUCUACCAGAAAUACUUACUUGAUUCCAACCCUACCAGAAAGAUGCUCGACCACAUUGCUCAUGAGGUAGGCUUGAAAAAACGUGUGGUGCAGGUUUGGUUCCAGAACACUCGGGCCCGGGAGCGGAAGGGGCAGUUCCGGGCAGUGGGGCCUGCCCAAGCCCACAGGCGGUGCCCUUUUUGCCGGGCCCUCUUCAAAGCCAAAACAGCCCUGGAAGCACACAUCCGAUCGCGGCACUGGCAUGAAGCCAAGCGGGCAGGGUACAACUUGACCUUGUCAGCCAUGCUUUUAGAUUGUGAUGGAGGGCUCCAGAUGAAGGGAGACCUCUUUGAUGGAGCAAGCUUUGCUCACCUGCCACUCACCAGCAGCGAUAGCCAGGGCAUUCCACUCUCCCCAGUGAGCAAGUCUCUGGAGCUCUCUCCUCGAACUCUGCUGAGCCCCUCCUCCAUUAAAGUAGAAGGGAUAGAGGACUUUGAGAGCCCCUCUAUGUCCUCUGUCAAUCUGAGCUUUGACCACACCAAGCUGGACAACGAUGACUGCUCCUCUGUCAACACAGCCAUCACAGACACCACCACGGGGGAUGAAGGCAAUGCAGACAAUGACAGUGCCACGGGGAUCACCACAGAAGCCAAAUGCACCUCAGGGCCAGGUGAGGGCCUGACCAAGGCUGCCAUGAUAGCAAUGUCAGAGUAUGAAGACAGACUGUCUUCUGGCCUUGUCAGCCCAGCUCCAAGUUACUACAGCAAAGAGUAUGACAAUGAAGGUACUGUGGACUACAGUGAGACCUCCAGCCUGGCAGACCCUUGCUCACCCAGCCCUGGCACAAGUGGCUCAGCAGGCAAGUCUGGAGAUAGUGGGGAUCGGCCAGGACAGAAGCGCUUCCGGACACAAAUGACGAACCUCCAGCUGAAGGUUCUAAAGUCCUGCUUUAAUGACUACAGGACACCAACCAUGCUGGAAUGUGAGGUCCUGGGCAACGAUAUUGGGCUGCCAAAGAGAGUUGUUCAGGUCUGGUUCCAGAAUGCUCGGGCUAAGGAGAAGAAAGCCAAGCUCAGUAUGGCCAAGCAUUUUGGCAUUAACCAAGCAAGCUAUGAGGGACCCAAAACAGAGUGCACUUUGUGUGGUGUCAAGUACAGUGCCCGCUUGUCUGUACGUGACCAUAUCUUCUCUCAGCAGCACAUUUCCAAAGUGAAGGACACCAUCGGAAGCCAGCUGGACAAAGAGAAGGAGUACUUUGACCCAGCCACUGUCCGUCAGUUGAUGGCGCAGCAGGAGCUGGACCGGAUCAAGAAGGCCAAUGAAGUUCUCGGCCUGGCUGCUCAGCAGCCAGGCAUGUUUGACAGCCCCCCUCUGCAGGCUUUGAACCUUCCUGCCACCUACCCAGCAGCACUUCAGGGCAUCCCUCCUGUCCUCUUGCCGGGCCUCAACAGCCCAUCCUUGCCUGGCUUCACUCCCUCAAACACAGCUUUAACUUCUCCAAAACCCAACCUGAUGGGUCUACCCGGCACAAGCAUCCCCUCGCCUGGCCUUCCCACCUCUGGAUUACCAAAUAAACAACCUUCGGCCUCCCUGAGCUCCCCCACCCCAGCACAAGCCACAGCGGCCACGGUUCCACAGCCACAGCCACCACAGCCUCAGCCACCGCCUCGGAAGGACAAAGAAAGUGAGAAGACAAAAGAGAAGGACAAAGCACCCAAGGGGGGGAAGGGGGAUUCCCUGCUGGCACCCAAGAAGGACAAAGUGGAGGUGCCUGCCCCAGCUGCCCUCUCUGCCACGCUGCCUGCCAUGGAGUACUCUGUGGACCCCACGCAGCUCCAGGCUCUGCAGGCAGCUCUGAACUCGGACCCCACAGCUUUGCUGACAAGCCAGUUCCUCCCCUACUUUGUCCCUGGUUUUUCUCCCUACUAUGCCCCUCAGAUCCCAGGGGCCUUACAGAGCGGGUACCUUCAGCCCAUGUAUGGCAUGGAGGGGCUGUUCCCUUACAGCCCUGCACUGUCACAAGCCCUGCUCGGCUUGUCCCCUGGUUCCCUGUUGCAGCAGUACCAGCAAUAUCAACAGAGCCUGCAAGAAGCGUUGCAGCAACAGCAGCAGCAACAGCAGCAGCAACAACAUCAUCAUCAACAACAACAACAACAACAGAGGCAAGCGCAACAGCAGCAGCAGAAAUUGCUGCAGCUGCAGCAGCAGCAGCAGCCCAAAAGAAGCCAAACCCCAGUCCCCUCAGGGGCUGCUACCCCAGAAAAAGACCCUGCCAAAGAAUCCCCCAAGCAAGAAGAGCAGAAGAAUGCACCCCGCGAGGUGUCCCCCCACCUGCCCAAACCCCAAGAAGAGCCUGAAACGGAAAGCAACAGUGCCGUGGACUCCCUCUGUGACCCCUUCAUCGUUCCAAAGGUGCAGUACAGGCUGGUCUGCCAGAAGUGCCAGGCAGGCUUCAGCACCCAGGAGGCAGCCACCGACCACCUGAAGUCCCUCUGCUUCUUUGGUCAGUCUGUGGUGAAUCUGCAAGAGAUGGUGCUUCAUGUGCCCACGGGCGGCAGCAGCAAGGGCAACAGCUCGUACCAGUGUGUGGCGUGUGAGAGCACGGUGUGCGGGGAUGAAGCCCUCCAGCAGCAUCUCGAGUCUGCCUCGCACAAACAUCGAACAAUCCCAAGAGCAGCAAGAAACGCCAAAGAGCACCCCAGUCUAUUACCUCACUCCGCCUGCCUCCCCGACCCUAGCACCGCAUCUACCUCGCAGUCUGCCGCUCACUCAAAUGACAGCCCCUCCCCCCCGUCCUCAGCUUCCCCCCACACCUCCAGAAAGUCUUGGCCUCAAGUGGUCCCCCAGGCUCCUCUGGGGAAGCCUCCUCCUCCUCCUCUCUCCUCAUCUUCAACGGUUACCUCAAGUUCAUGCAGCACCUCAGGGGUUCAGCCCUCGAUGCCAACAGAUGACUAUUUGGAGGAGUCUGACUCGGAUCUUAGCCAAAAGUCCAAUGGACCGGCUAGCCCGGCGGAGAGGCCUGAGGAGCCAAGCUGCCCCAAGGACGGUGGUCUCACUAGCCUAGAAAUGGACACCUUUAGAUUGUAAGCUUUGAAGAUGAACAAUUUAAAAAAAUGAAUUAAAAAAAAUUAACAAACCAAUUUCAAAAAUAGACUAACUGCAAUUCCAAAGCUUCUAACCAAAAAAAAGAAAAAGAAAAAAAGAAGAGAGAAGUGUGGGUUGUUUUCCCAUAUACCGAUGCCGGCAGAUUUUCCAUUGCUUUCUUUUUGCAUUUCGGCUGUGCUGUGUUGGUCUGGAAGGCCUAAGCCCCCUACCCCCCCCCCCCUGGUUGCCUCUCCAGGGUCUUUCUGUUUGUCUGUGGAGCCCCAGCCCCCCCCCCCUUGAGAGCACAGCAGAGGCCGGCAUAACUGUAUGGGAAAGCAGGCCACCUUGUUACCGUUUUAAAUUUCUUGCUAUCUUAGCAUUCAGAUACCAAUGGCUUGCUAAAAGGAAAAAAAAAAGAAAUGUAACGUCUUUUUAUUCUCAGGUCAAUCGCUCACACUUUGUUCGGUUUUCAGAAUCAUUGUUUUAUAUAAAUAUAUAUAUAUAUAAUUUCUUUUUUGGUUUUGAUUUUUUUUUCCAAGAAAAGGAUUUUUUUUGUUAAUUUAAAAAUGGGCAGAAAGUCUUCAAGAGACAAACAAUGUGAACUGUGUUAGCUUUCUGGGGAUUUUAAGGGUAGCUUUUCUGCUGAAGCCAAUUUCAAGGGGAAAAGUUCAGCACUCCCACUUUUCAGAAAAACAAACAAACCCAACAACACGCAAAGAGUGUUAAGGACUUGGAGCUUAAAAAUAAGUUUUAAAACAACUGACUUUCUGUAUUUAUGAUAGAUAUGACCAUUUUUGGUGUUGAGUAGAUUGUUGCAUUGGAAAUGAACUGAAGCAGUAUGGUAGAUUUAAAAGAAAAACCCCUUUUGUGUACAUUUAGCUUUUGUAUUGGUCCAGCUGACGGCUUCUCAUUGGAUGUUGUCUUGUUCAUUCCUAGCCAGCUAGAUUACAACCCAUCGAUUCGCUCGCCGAAGCUUCCCCUCCCCCUUUGUACCUUGACUCCCUUCUCCAUCCUGUAAUCUUCCACUUAUGGUCACUGCCUUCAUUUCUUAGAGGGCAGCUGCAGAAUUAUUUUAUAAAAACUAAAGAAAAAUUCAAAGGGUUUCAAAGGGGGUCAGUAGGAUCCCUUGCAGAAUAUUUUUGUUGGGGGUUCAAAACUUUUUAAGGUGUAUACAUGUCUGUUACCCUUGUGCACUUAACUCUGUCUUCUUUUCUUUUUCUUCUUUUGGCUUCCUUUCCUCAUUUUGUAAAUGCUUCAAAGGCUCCAUUUUGGAACUGUAGGCCUUUGUUUCUCUUUGGGUAAUUAGGGUGCACUUCUUCCUUUUUCCAAGGACUUUUUGUUAUAUGUGUGUGUGUGUUUGUGUGCUUGUGUGUGUGCGUGUGUGUGUGCAUGUGUGGGUGGGUUUUGUUUUGUUUUUCUGUUUUGUUUUUCUUUCCUCGAAAAGAAAAUUCAUGCUUUAAAUAAAAUCCAAAGACAAACCCUUUUCACCACUGGUGCAGAAUGAGCAAAAAGGAUUCUUUUGACUUGAGGAUUUGUUUCUGAUUACCGCCACAAGAAUCAGUUUAAAUAAAGGAACUCAUAAAGAAAAACAUGCAUGUAGGUUGUUCUCUGUGCUUCUUCUGCAAGCAGAGGAGCAACCCUUCCUGCAACUGCAACAAACAACACGAUGCUCCUGCGUUGUUAGGGUGGUGUCGCUGCUAGUGUCGUGUGAGCCCCAGAGGGGCAGGCAACAAAAAGCAUUUGGGGCCUGGUGCAAAUCUCUCUCUGCUCCCCGUUGGUGGCAUCUUCUCUGGUCCGGACAUUGAAAGGAAAACUUUGUGCUGCUACAAUGUAGAGUUUGGAGACAAGCAGGCCUUGCAUGGUCACUUCCUAGCCAAAGGUCAACAUUCCCUUCUCCCUCCCUACACCCACCCUUAAUAGUGAAAGGCCUCCUCUUCCUGACCAUCUUCCUUGUGUUUCAAAAGGGAACUAGACUGUGAAUGGGGGGAGGGGGAGGGAAGAGGCACUUCUUUCACCUUCAGACUUCUCUUCCCUUCCUCCCUUCUCCCCAGCCCGCAAACUGUGGAAGCUGCCAGAGCCCCUGGGUGAGGCUGGUGUGUUCCAUCCCAGAGAGGAAGGGCGGGUGGGCAGACAGGCAGACUGACCAAUGGACAGCAACAGCGUCCUCCUCCUCCUCCUCUCUCCUCCCCUCCCUAAGCCAGGACUCUUCAUGCCUUUUUUGUCUUUAGCUUAAUGGAAGACUCAACCUUGAACUGGUGUACAUAUUUCUGACUAGACUGAUGCACAAUGCAAGUUCCUUUUUUAAAUUUUUUAAGUAGACCGUACUAAAAAGAGUACCAUUGAAUAUUCCUGCCAGUAUCCAAUUGUAGCAUAAGGUGUCAAAAGAGGACAAAAUGUUGCUGUUUUCCCUUUUUACAAAGAUCCUUGUAUUUUUCCCUUGCUUGAGAUGAACAUUUUUUAAAUUUUAAAGUUGUACAGUUUUUGUUUCCAUUAUUUUAUCUUGUUUGUAAUUCUAUGAAAAAUAUAUAGAUAUAUAUAUAUUUUUUGCCAUUUAACUUGUAUGUUACUCUGUAUCAUAUAGAAGUUUUUUGUUUUGUUUUGGUUCUCUGUGUGGUAUAAGUUGCCAGUUAAACACUAGCUUUACCUGUCAGGUUUGCGUGGUCUGCUUUGAAAUCAUUUUGUUUAUUUCCCCUUCUCCCUUCCUCCCUCCCUCCCUCCCUCCCCCUUCCCCUGCCCCGCUCCCAUUGAUUAAUCACACAGGGUGCAAUCUUCCUCCUCCCACUCCAAAAAGUGUUUCAGUGCAUUUUCUGAUAACUCUUCCUCUGUGUGGGGGGAGACUCUCCCAGUUUGAUGAGAGUCGUCUCUGUCCUAGAAGGGCAGAGCAGCCUCCCCUGCUGCCCCUCUCCUCUCUCUUGCUCCCACAGCCAACAUGGAGUUCAUAGAGCUCCCUGAGCAAAGCAGCCCCUCCAAGCCAUCCUCUGCCUCCUCCCACCCUGCCAUUAUGGGUUAUGUGGGUUGGCACUUGGGUUCUGCAGAAGCUCAGCAGGGGUAGAGGAGCAGCUGCACUAAGCAGCACCCAGAGCCGUGCUGGGAAGUGGGGGGUGGGAAUAAGGCCUCUGUGCCAGCCAGUAUUUGGUGCCUGGGCUGCAAAAUCCUCCAGCCUCUUUCCCAUGGAACUGGCCUCUUACCUGAGCCACCGUUCACACUGCGGAGAUGUCAUUUUGUUUUUAACAGCUCUCCCUUGAUGCUGGAAUUUAAGCCAAGUGAUAGAAUGGAAAACACAAGCAUGGCAUUAUUGAGCAGAGCAGUGUCUGUAACCAAGAGUGUUCUGAAGAAGUGGAAUGUUGCAGGCGCUGGUUCCAACCAAGACAGUGCCAGGUAGGCAGGCAGGUGAUGACAGGUGCAGCAGGGUCCCUGUGCAAGCCAGCACAAAGGGUGGCAGUCUGGGACUCUUAAACAGAAUCAGAACAUGAGAUAUUUGGUUGGAUUGAUGGCACUGGAAAUCCUGCCCACUGUGAAACAAAUUUUUGACUAUUUUUCAUUUGUUUGAUUUGGGGGCGGGGGGUGGGGACAAGUCUGGAUAAAACAGAAAGCAUAAAUGAGGUGAAGAGGUAUAUGAACAGCCUUUGCAAUGUACAAAAACUAGAGCAAGUGAAACCAAAAAUGAUGUUCUUGGUGUUUUUCUAUAAUGUAGUCUUGUUAGCUUUUUUGUUACUGUAACAAUGCUGAUCUCGAACUGUACCAAAAUACAUGGAGACGGACAAAAACAGAAACCACACGGAACUCUUUAAAAAAAAGAUUUUGUCACAAAACACUUUGUUGUCAUAGUUAAGUUGAUUGUAGAUGGUAAUUGAAUAUACUCCUUUGAAAAUAUUUCAUCAAGUAUGUUUCCUGCUCAUUGUGAUACAUUAAAAAAAUGAGCAAAA